AUAACAGUGUGGCCCAAUAAUAAAUAUUCGGCCUUUUAACCGAGUUAAUCAAUCUGGGUGAGACUUGAGUCGGCUCUUGAAGCUUUAAUAGGUUGUUUGUUUAACGUCUGCGUUGUGGCGGAUUUUGAAGUUUCUCGAGAAAAUUGGGAACGAGAGAUAAGUUCGAGUAGAUUCGCGACUGUCGACGCUUCUGAUUUGAAGUAUUUGGCGUUUUUUGGAAGAGUUCAUUGCUUCUUUGGUUGAGGAUUCUUCGUGAAUCGCUGGGAUUUUGUGUUCUAAGGUUUUUGAAGCAAGCUUUAGCUUAGGGAAAAUUUUGAGAAUGAAAGGUGAAAGAGAAGUGAAGAAUGGUGUUUCUGAGGAAGAGAGAGAGGUGAAGAGGAAGAGAGUGAUGGAACGGUCUGAUUCGCCACCUCCACCACUAGGUUUCAACAAUCCUCUUUUGCCGUUUGCUAAUGCUUACGAUGAUGAUAAUAACCAGCAGAAUAAAUCGCAAACUCGUUGUAAUGUAGUUGCGAAAGGAGAGGGAAAUGGUAACAAAGUGAAAGGAGAAGCUCAAGUAGAGGUCGAUGACGACGAAGAUGAUGAUGAUGAUGCUUCGAAGGGGAGAGGAAAGCAUUCACGCCAUGUUGAAGUUCGUCGUGAUUGUCCUUAUCUUGAUACUGUUAAUCGUCAGGUGUUGGAUUUUGAUUUCGAGAGGUUUUGCUCUGUCUCAUUGUCAAAUCUGAAUGUGUAUGCGUGUCUUGUUUGUGGGAAGUACUUUCAAGGAAGAAGCCAGAAGUCUCAUGCUUAUACACAUAGCUUGGAAGCAGGACACCACGUUUACAUCAAUCUUCUGACAGAGAAGGUUUAUUGUCUUCCUGAUAGUUACGAGAUCAAUGACCCUUCUUUGGAUGACAUUCGCCAUGUUUUAAACCCAAGGUUUAGUAGAGCACAAGUAAACGAGCUUGACAAGAAUAGGCAGUGGUCUAGGGCUCUUGAUGGCUCCGACUAUCUUCCAGGAAUGGUGGGGUUGAACAACAUACAAAAGACAGAGUUUGUGAAUGUUACAAUCCAGUCGUUGAUGAGAGUUACUCCUCUAAGGAAUUUCUUCCUCAUUCCUGAAAAUUAUCAGCACUGCAAGUCUCCUCUUGGUCACCGUUUUGGGGAACUAACUCGCAAGAUUUGGCAUGCUCGAAACUUUAAAGGACAAGUGAGUCCACAUGAGUUCUUGCAAGCUGUCAUGAAAGCCAGCAAGAAACGCUUUAGGAUUGGCCAACAAUCAGAUCCAGUAGAGUUUAUGUCGUGGCUCCUCAACACUUUGCACAUGGAUCUUAGAACUUCAAAGGACGCUAGCAGUAUCAUCCACAAGUGCUUCCAGGGUGAGUUGGAGGUUGUGAAAGAGUAUCAAGGCAAUGAAAACAAAGAAAUCUCCAGGAUGCCGUUUCUGAUGCUUGGGCUAGAUUUGCCACCGCCUCCUCUUUUCAAAGAUGUCAUGGAGAAAAACAUUAUUCCGCAGGUAUAUGGCUAUUUCAAAUCUUGAAAGUCUUGCUACUUUGUGCCAUUAAAAAAAUGCAUUUCAGAAAAAUGAUAACGUGGAGUGCUAGAAAACUUAUGAUUCUCAAUAUACAGCUACAUAAAUAAUGUCACAUUUGGUUGAGAUACAAUUAAGGGAUUCUUAAAUAGUGCCAUUGCCAAUUUAAUGUCCUGGAGUAAACUUUCUUUUUCGAAUCUAGUUCAUGACUUGCGAAAGUGUAGAAUUCUCUGACUCAUUGGUUGUUUGGAGCUCCUGUAGCCUUUAUGGCUUGCUACCUCGUAUAUGCGUCUUAGAGUGUUUAGUUUGCAAAGUGAGGUUAGUGGAAUCUAAUUUCUUUGAUUUUUGGGUCAGGUUGCUCUAUUCGAUUUAUUGAAGAAGUUUGAUGGAGAAACGGUGACAGAGGUGGUUCGGCCUAAGCUGGCCAGAAUGAGAUACCGUGUAAUCAAAUCUCCUCGUUACUUGAUGUUCCAUAUGGUUCGGUUCAAGAAGAAUAACUUCUUCAAAGAGAAGAACCCUACAUUGGUUAACUUCCCAGUGAAGGACAUGGAGCUGAGGGAUUACAUACCAUCAUUGCCUAGAGCACCAGAAGGGGAGAAUGUGUGUUCAAAGUAUAAUCUAAUCGCUAACAUUGUACAUGAUGGUAAGCCUGAGGACGGGUACUUCAGAGUCUUUGUGCAGCGCAAGUCACAAGAACUAUGGUAAGCUUUCUCAAUCAUUAACUAUUAUUGUGUUUCAUGUUCACAAAUGCAUGAUCUAGAUCUGUGCAUAAGAAAGAUAUAAAUUCAUUUGGGGGAUAAUGUCCAUUGCAGGUACGAGAUGCAGGAUCUUCAUGUUGCAGAGACACUUCCCCAGAUGGUAGAACUAUCGGAAGCAUACAUGCAGAUAUAUGAGCAGCAGGAAGAAUAGAGCCCUGGAAAGAAACUGACUUCAUUUGGUUUAAGAGUAAAAGUGACCAGUUUUAUCUUGGAAUGAGAUUAGAGAUUUGUUUCACAACUCUUUUGGAAAAAGAUUUUUGGACCCCUUUAAAGGAUAGAGAGCCUGUUGUAUCAUAGUGAAAAACCUUUGGUAAAAAAACACAUAUAUGAGUUUUGGGAAGAGCUUUUGGUAAAAACUAAAAACGCAUAUUGAAAGAAAGCGACCUCUUCAAAUU